AUGUCUGACAAGCAGCAAUCCGUCACCGUUCACUAUGGAAAUCAAAGAAUUCGCAUGCCAGUUGACUUGAACGAAACUCUUGGAAGUUUUAUUGAAGAUUUGGUACGAAAAGCAGACAUCCAUGAAAAGAAAAUCAAGCUUUUUUACGCAGGAAAACGAUUGAAGGACAACAAUACACCACUGUCAAAAUUUGGUUUGAAGAACCAUAGUAAGAUCUUGUGUAUAAAACCACAGAAGCAGCAUCUCCCUGAAAGAGAGACAGGAGAAAAGGGUGCUCAAAGUGAAGAGCAGAAUCCCGCGUACUCACGUAUAUUGGGCGAAAUUCAGGCCAUUGACGAAUACAUCAGCAAAGACCUUACACCUAUUUACAACACUUAUCUUCAUGAGAGUUUCGACGAUAAACAGAAGAAGGAUAAGCAAAAGCUGAUGGCUUAUGAGCUUUUGUUGCAACAACUAUUGAAAUUGGAUGGCGUCGAUGUUAUGGGAAGUGAAAAACUCCGCACGAAACGAAAAGGUCUUGUAGCGAAGAUCCAAAAAAUGCUCGAUGAUGUGGAUGAGAUAAGCAAGAAACAUUCCAUUUAA